UGCUCAUCGCUAGUGCUGUGCUAGUGCUAGGAUGAGAAGUAAACAAAACAAAGUGCAAUUUAAAUUAAAAAACAGAAGACUUAAGUAUUGAGAACACUAUUAUUGUGAUAUCACAAUUUUUAUUGUAGUGGCGAAGUUGUUUAGCUCGAUUUUCUUUGUUUUAUGGUAUUGUUGAUUCAUUUGUUACUGUAAAUAUGAUGAAGCAGAGCCAUGUAAAUUUUUACAGGUACCUUUUAGAUUGAAGUGACUUCAAAAAGAAAUCUGAAGCACAAAAUCCCACUAAGAUUAAUUUAACGAUGGAGGAUUACUCAGAACCAUUGGACUUAAGUUUACCAUCUGUAAAGAUGAAAAAUAACCAUUCUAAUACAGAUUUGCCUCUUGACUUAUCCAAAAAAAGAAUUGACAAUCCCCAAAUAGUCCACUCAGGUCCAUUUUCCAAUUCAAUUAUCAAAAAUAUUCCAAACUUCAGUUGUGAUAAGAGGUCUAGGAUGCAUCAAGCCUGUGGACCCUCCAGUCUGCCUUAUAUGAAUUCAACCAAACCAAGAAAUGCCCAUUCUUGCAUCCCUGUACGAAAUAACUAUGCAGAUAACUACGAAGAUGAGCUAGAAACUUCAGAAACACCAUUCGAUUUCAGUUGUCGAUAUGCAGAGACGAAAACUUGCAAUAAUGGACAGAAAAACGAACAUUCCAAUAGCAACUAUAAGGGGAAGAAAUCCAAGAAUAAUAAUGGAAAUUUUUCUAUUUAUGCGGAGACUGAUUUAGAUCAACCUACCGAUUACUCAUUGAGAUAUGCUGAAAAUAAUCCGGAAUCUGAUGUGGAAGUUUGUGAUAAUGAAGAAAAGACUGCGACAACAGAAUUCGUAGGAGAUUCAGUUAAAACUUAUUGUACUGAGGGGACACCAUACGAAACUCCUUUCAAUUUUUCCACAUCCACGUCUAUGUCGGACCUGAGAAUUGGUGACAAAAAUUUAGCAGACGGAAUUGAUAUGAGAGAAAAGAAAAUGAAAAUGGAAAAGAGUACUCCGGAAAAUGAGAUAAGUGAUAAAAUCUCAGAAGAAGAAAUUAUAGUUACCGAUGAUCAGCCUCAAACGCCAAAAAUGAAAUCAGAGUUCAAUUCUGGCCUCACGUCCCCUGAAAAACCAAUGAAUUAUUGUGAAGAGGGUACUCCUGGUUAUUUCUCCAGGGUCAGUAGUUUCGGUUCAUUGAACUCAGCAGCCGCUGGAUCUGGAGAAGAAAAAUCAUCGGAAGACAAAGAUAAAUGCGAGGAUAGAUUGAAUACGCCGAAAAGUGACAAAAUGCAUCAGAAACUACCAGGCAGCGAAGUGAAAGUGGUCAAAUUUGAAAAUAUCGUUAACUAUUGUGAGGAAACGCCCUUGAUGUUUUCUAGGUCUAGUUCCCUUGGAUCUCUGGACAGUAUCGAGCAAUCUAUGCACGACGAUCGAAGCUCUGUGAUUUCUGAUUUUAGUCGUUUGACCAGUGGUAUCAUUUCUCCAAGCGAAAUCCCUGACUCUCCGACCCAAACUGUACCGCCAAGUCCUAAACAACGGAAAUCUUCAGAUUUAGGUGGUAUGAGGCGUCAAUCUUCGGCCCGUAGAUCUUUGCCAAUAAAAUGGAGCAUAUUUGAAGACGAUGUUACGAAAUUCAAAGAGGAAAAUACUCCGGCUCAGUUUUCUGUAGCUACCAGUUUGAGUAGUUUAACCAUCGAUGAUCACGAUGAACCGCAAAUGCAGAACAAGUCUGAACAAAAUUGCGCUAAUGGGAAUAGGAGGGAUGAACAAGAUGAGAACAUUACCAUGGCCAAAGAUAGUUUACAUGAGGAAACAGACAGAGUUUCUUUCCAUAACACAAGGGAAAAUAUGCAGAACAGAUGUUUCCCCUUGUCUGGAAGUGGACAGUUCCAAUCAAAUUUCCAAGAUUCUCCAAGUCUAGCCUACAACGAUGUUUCUUCCAAGUUACCAUCCCGGGUACUACCUCCACCCUUAUCCGCCGAAAAUAAUACCCGCACUUAUAACACUGAAGACACUCCUGCAGUAUUGAGUCGCAACGGAUCAGUCUCUGAAUUGAGUUUGAGCACCCUUUCCAUAUUGGACGAAGAACCAGCGCCAAACAGGGUUUAUCUAUCCGAAAAUAGUAGUCAGUCUUCCGGGGAGCGUAGAAAUAAUUUGGAAAAAGAAAAAUGGUCGGAAACGUCCGGUAAUAGGAUAGAGGUGGAAAAUGUGUGGGUUAGAAGGCAAUCGACGAAAAGUUCGAGUCCUUAUAGAAAUGUCGAUAAUUUACCCCCGUUCGUGGCUUCUAAAGAUGAGUGCUGCAGAUUCGCUGUAGAAGACAGUCCUGCUCAAUUUUCUCUCAGGUCUAGUCUCAGUCAUUUGACGAUAGAAAGUGAAAUGGCUUCUGGAAUUCUAGAUUUCUCACUACCGAAGGAAGCUUCUGAGUCUCCUCUUCGUGAUAAUCAAGAAAACACAGUGAAUACAGCCGAACAUGAUUUGGAACAUCCAGUGGAUGUCGUAGACAGUAAAGAGGAAUCUUCGGCUAGUUCAAAAGAUCAGGAAGAUGAGGUUGUCACAGAGAAUACUUCAACCGAUCUCUGUUCGCAUGAAGAAGAAAAUAUAAAUCCUUCAAAUGAAAAUACUCAAUCGUUUGAACUUAAAUCCGAUGAUUCCAGAUACAACAGUAUGAAGAAACGUAAAUGGAAGUGGAAGUGGCAGUUUGGAUCCGAGGAUGGUCAACACAGCGAAAGUGGAGAUAGUACACAGACCGACAGACUAUCAUCGAUAAAUAACGAAGAAUUCGACAACGGUAGAAGGGGUAGGAGUGAAAAGAAUAACGGAGGAAGUUUGGAUGCUAGUUUCAAAAAGAAAAAAUGGUGGAAGUGGAAGUUCAUUUCUAAAGAGAAGGAUCAGGCCGGUGGAGCUGCAAAUGUGCAAGAAACAGCCCAUGAUAGCGCUGUUGAUGAUGCUCAGUCCCAAAUAGCUAAUUCUUCGGAAGACAGGGAAUCGUAUUCAAAGGAAGCCGGUACACUUGAAACAAGAAAUAAAUCCAAGAGAUGGAAGUGGAAAUGGAAAUUGAAUUUCAAGGACGAUGAGAAUUCGAAAUCCGAAAAAUCUUCGUUAGGUUUGUCCAAAUUGAAGCACCAUGUUAGUCCAGAGAUCGCAAAGGAACCACUCUGUGUUAAUGAUGUCUUUCAGUCCACCGAUGGUCCAAACGAGAAGAAAUUGGUGGUCAAGUUUUUACCAGAAAAUCGAAACGGCGCAGUCUCAGAGGUUGAUGGGAAGUCCAUAGAAAUGGCCAAACCUGAUGACCAAUCUCCGAAAAAUACUAUUCGGGAUGAAGUUCGUCCUGCACCUGUAAGAGAAAAAUUAGAUACCCCAGAACCUUCGGAUUCAGAAGAUUCGGUUAUAAUCGAGGAAAUAAAUGAACUCAGUUUAUCUGAUGUAUAUCAGAAAUCCAACAAAAGGAUUGUACUGGAUCAUGCUUCGAAAUCUGAAGAAGUGGGUGGUUCAGAAAACGGUACCAGGAAAAUUAUGUGUGACGAUCAGUCUGAUUAUGCAGUUUUAGUAGAGGAAUGUAUCCAAUUGGGGAUGCCCAAAAAGAAAGCAUUAGCCAAAAAUGUACCUCUCAAUCAUUCCCCAGCCCUCAGCUUUUCCCCACAGAGAAUUAAUGGACUGGAUAAGUCGGAGCCAAAUAAAGAAAAUUGUGAUAUUUUCACUUAUAAUCGUGCAAGUGACUACGAAAUUAACGAUGAAUACAUCGAAUUAGCAAGGAAGAAUAACGGUGGAGACGUUGAUUCGAACAAAUACAUUGAAACUAAUAGUGUUCAUUCGAAUCCAAGUUAUCCAGCAGUAAGAAACGCGAACAGAAUAACGAACUUCGAUUCUUCUUCAUUGAACAGGUUUUCUCUAGGUAAAGCAAGCAGGAAUGUUUUCAACUCCAACGAUAAUAUAUUGGGAGAUAUCCCUAACCGAACUUCUGAAAAAGUCAAUAAUCCAAAUGUGAAGAGACCAAGCUAUGGUGGAUUUGACGGGGAAGGAAAAACUCCUGUUGUGACAAAAACUGAAUGUAGCAACAAACCUAAGGUGUCUGGCGAAAUUAAAGAGUUUGUGAAUGGAAGAAUAACGAAACAGGAGAUGAUCAAUUCCCAGUCGAAAAGAACUGUUCCUAAAAUGUCUGAGUCACCGUAUAACACUGGCAGAAGUAAUCUAAGUUCGUCGGAUAAAAUUAUUCCGAAGAAUACAGCACAAGCGUCGUCCCGAAGUGAAAUAUCCGUUAAGUCCGGGUGUUCCACUACUUCGGGUAAGAGUCCAGAUUUCGCAGCUCUGAUAGAAGAAUGCAUCCAGUUAGGAAUGCCUAAAAGGAGGGAAUCAUCGGAGGAGACCCUGAGUCCAACCUUAUCACCAUCAUUGAUGCAUCAGAAACAAAAUUACGCCAAGAGAUGGCCCGAAUAUUUGUCCAGAAUUUCAAACGGUAAGUGA